AUGGCAGCUGCUAUGCAGGCCACAACUGAGGUUUUAGGCCAGCAAGCUAAUAAUGGUAAUGGCGGUUAUGGUGGUAAUGGGCCGAUGGCAUUAGCAACAUUUCUAAAGGUGAAUUCACUUAUUUUCCGAGAAACCACAAAUCCUACAGAAGCAGACAAUUGGUUUCAGGUGAUGAAAAGGGCUUUACAGGCUCAACACGUGUCGGAGGACCAGUAUGUUGAAUUUGCCACUUGUCAGCUGAUAGGUGAAGCACGGUAUUGGUGGCAGGAAGUUCACCGCUUGCUGCAGCUGGGCAAUGCAGUGAUAUCUUGGGAGAUCUUCCAAUCCAAGUUCUAUAAAAAAUAUUUUUCCAAUUUAGUUAGAGUGGCGAAAGAGCUUGAGUUACUGCAGUUAAAGCAAGGUUCUAUGACUGUAGCAAAAUAUACUAGCAUGUUUGAGGAGUUUUGUCAGUUUUUUAAAGUUUGUCGGGAUGCUGCAGAGGACUAUGAAGAGUGA